CAGAUAACCUGAUAACCAAGCAACUGUAAACAACCUAAUUGUUUUAAAACUAAAAAUAUAUGUUUUUUAAUAUAUUUUAAUUAAAAAAAACUGAUUGCUAAAAGACGAACAGCAUAAUGCUAAGACCUCCUCAUUAGCAGGGGGGCUACUCUGUAAUGUGAUGCGAUCGGCAAUUGCACAGCUUAUUACUUACGAUAUAUUUGCCUAUCGCAUCGCACUACUCUUUCGUAUCGCAUUACAGAGUGAUAUUAUAUAAAAAAAUUGUGUUUGCUGAUUUUAAUUAUUCUAGAACCGAAAGCCAUGCAUGGCCAAACAAAAUGCAAGGCGAAUUUAAUAAGGUGAUGUUACCGGUGAAUCUGAAUUUUACGCCGUGGAGAAAAUAAUGUCAAAAUGAUGUGUUUGUUGUAAUUCAAACUGUCAUUGUGCGUACAAAAUGUUAAUGUCAUUUUUCACUUGUAUACGGAUAACACCACCUUAUUAAAUUUGUUUUUUUUUUUUGAGAUUUGGGUUGGUUGGCAGGAACUUCAAUUCCCCUAACCUUUUAGGCGAAUUGAGAUUUUGACAUAACUCCCAUAACACAAAAUUCAUGCGACAGUUUUUGUGUUGUUUCAAUCACCUUGUGUGAAUACUCCUUGUGCUACUGCCUGCUACCUUAUAUGAAUAAGGCUUGGUGUGUACAAUUAUGCAAUUUGACAACACUACUCUCAGCUGUGCACUUUUCGAUAAUAGUUGUGCACAUCUCUAAAUUAUUGCAAUCACAACUCAAAUUUUAUUUUGUUUUGUUUUGUUGAUGCGUGCUUAAUUUGAUGGACUUUUCUUGUAUUAAACAUAUAAUUCCAAAUGGUGCGAAUACGUGGAAUCAAGUGUGCGGUAGCAGACGAUAAUCAUAAACUGCAGCAGCCCAGCACUACUAUUAAGGAUCCCAGGCUUAUAGAAUUCGUGCGCAAACGACGGAUUGAUUUUCGCGCUGAAGAGCCGGUUUGUAAAAAAUGUGCCGAGGGGUUGAAGAGAAUAUAUUUGGAGAAGCUUAAGCGAGCCGAAGAACUAAAAAAAACGCAAAGAUCUUUGGAGUUAUCCUCAUCAGUUACAGAUCAAGAAGAAACCAUUACCAGCCGACAGCAACGGGCAUUGCAAGCGGCAAAGAAAAGUACAACAACCACAACGACAACAGGAGCCAGUGAAGAGCAACAUAGUACCUCACAAUCAACACUUGACGAAGGGCCAUCCACUAGUGCGGCGGCAGCGGCGGCGGCGGCAGCCCGAAAACGUAGACAUGUGGUGGCAGAUGAUACAGAUGCUGAUGAUGAUGACGAUGAGUAUGUGCCUAGUCCAAAUGCAUUAAAUGGUACACGCCUACCAAACAUACAGCCCAUACCCAAGCGCAAAAAAUUUGUACACGCAAACCCAGAUGUGCUAAAUAUCUAUAUGGCGGGUAUAACAGGCGGGUAAUUGCAUGAAUUCACUUAAAACUGUUAUAUAUUUUGAGUCUGCAACUUUAAACGACUGAGUAAAUAAUUUUAUACUGUUGAUUUUAAAUUUAAUUGUAGUUAAAUUAUGAAUAACUAUUUUUUUCUGUAACAAACCUUUGACUUUGUAUAAAAA